CGGACAGGGGUUAGACCAAUGCUUAGCAACGGAGGUCUUGUAAAUUUGAUUGAAUUGUUCGUAAAGCAAGGACGCCUUAAAUUACUAGAUUAGAAAUCGAAGCCGUGAUGGCUACAAGCAACCCGACAGUGUUUCUGCUCACAGUGAACGGACAAAUUGAGGGAGCAAACUUUCCAGAGUAUGACAACUUGUACUGCAAAUAUUGUUUUGUUUACGGCCACGACUGGGCUCCCACCUCGGGUUUGGAGGAAGGAAUCACCCAAAUAACCUGUAAGGGCAGUCAGUCUUCACACAAAUUAAUAUGGAACUUUCCACUGGAGACCACCUUUAAAAGCACAAACCCCUCCGGAUGGCCUCAGCUCGUGGUGAGCGUGUACGGUCCAGAUGUGUUUGGCAACGAUGUGGUCAGGGGUUAUGGAGCAACACACAUCCCCUUCACACCUGGACAACACACACGAACCAUCCCCAUGUUUGUUCCUGAGCCCACAUGGAGACUUCAGAAAUUCACGAGCUGGCUGUUGGGGCGGCGGCCCGAGUACACAGACCCAAAAGUAGUGGCCCAGGGUGAAGGCAGAGAAGUGACACGGGUUCGUUCCCAAGGCUUUGUCACCGUCUCCUUUCACAUCAUGACAAAAGACAUGAAGAAACUGGGCUACGACACAGGACCAUCAAGUCCUCCAAACACACAGUCUGCUACAUCUGGCUGGUCCACCGAGGAACAACCGUACAAAAUCUAAUAACCUAAUAGACCGUAAAGAAGUAACACACACACACACUCCUGCGCCUAGUGUUUUUUAGUAAAAAUAUGCUGAAAGGAUGACAUUUUAUUCAAUGUAUUCAAGUAUAAGCAGUCUCAUGUUUGUAUGGUCUUGGAUAUUUGUUUUAUUACAUUUUUUACUUUUUUAAAUAAAUGCAGAUUUUACCUCUGAAUUGUUCAUAUUCGAAUGUAUUUAACAUAGUUGUUUUUGUUUGGUCUCAAACUGAAUCCACCCGACCCAAAGUCUUGUGGAAAUGUCAGUUUUCAACUCGGGUUUGGACAUUUGGUUUAAAAAUAAAAGAGACACAGACACUAGGGUUACAGAGCUGAAGUGAUACACAUUUUAUUUUGAACCAAUGCAGCUACAGUUGUCCUCAUCCAACAGGGUGCGGCCUGCUGCGUUCGUUUGUUUAGAUGCCGUUAAAAUACCACGGUGAUUUUUCCUACAAAAACCCAUUACACAGAAUAAUAAGGUAUACAGAGGAACAGUAUGUUACAAUAGUACAAAUGAUAAAUUAUAUUAUACAGUUAUAAUGCCAACAGGUUGAGCACGUAUCCAAUAAAAAAAGCAGCCUGCUCCCAGUACUAUGAGAAGGGUAAAUAGACAGACACGGGAAAGAUUAAAGGAGGCUGUUUAUGCAUAUAAAGACAGUCCAUAAGGUCAGUUAGUCCUCUUGAUAAAAGCAUAGUGAAUACAUAGUAACACGCAGAGGAGCUCGCUACACACAGGCCACAUUUUCACUGCACCAUAGCCACGACUGUGAAACUGCUGCCAGGGAUCAAGAAAAAGUGUUCAACUGCAGUGUCGUCUGACUGUUUGGGAGUGCUGAAUUUGUUCAAGACAGUCAAGGUUUUUUAUGUUGUUUUUUUUCUUUUCCCAAUGUAUCAAUGAAAGAACCUUUUCCACAAUCACUGGAGUGAAUUUAAAGGUCAGGCCGCAGUGAAAUUAAGGCCAGUGAGAAAGUGACACGUCUCAGCUAGAAUAUCAUAGUAGCAUUUCAAUAAACAAGACUUUAUGAGCAAAUCUAACUUUGCAAAACACAUCACGCGUUAAGUCUUCUUAUCUUUUUUACUUUUUCCAACUCCAAUUUUUGCAUAUAUAUUUAGUUGAGAUUAAAAAUGUUUGCUGGUCUCUGCAAGUCAGUGUUGCAUCCAUUCAUUCAGGACCCCAAGCAUAAAAA